CACCACCACAUCCAGUAUAUGCAGCACCUGCCUGACAUCCUCAGCCUGCAGCACGCCUUAAUCCACUCCUACCAGAACUGCGACAUCCAUGAAGAGGGACGGUUUUCUGUUAGAGAGUUUUUGGAGCAGUCUCAUAUCUCAGGUGAUCAACGUUUGGCUUUUGAAGGAGCUGUACACAUCAUUCAGAAAGUUUGGAGUAAUAUAAAAUUGAAUCCUAAAAGCACAGGAAUGCAAAUCCCCGAACAGCUGCAAAAUAAAGAAAUCGACACUGACACCGCCGUCCUGGACCUCCUCCCGACUGACCCAUCCAUCAGUUCCAUCGUUACAAAAUUCCUAAUCGAGCUCCAGAACAGCUUAAUCGACACAGCGGCUCAGCUCACUAAAGAAAAGCAAAGGUCUGUUUCCGCUGAAGAAGUGCGGGCGUCAUCUGUGAUAACAGUUACCCCAAGUGACAUGAUCACUAUGGCACUGUCAAACUUCCAGUAUGUGUUGGAGGAAAACGGGACCAAGACCACCCAGUUCCACUUUCAAACUCUGCAGAGGCAAGCAAUAAAUCGGUUCAUCAGUGGGAAACCCAGUAUAAAAGUGCAGACAGCUCCAUCCAUGCCACCAUGGCACUUGAAGACGCUGCAGUUCACGAAGGCCAAAGUUAAAGAACAGCUGCCUCAGGAACCGUUGAGCGUGAGUCAAGUGAAAAGCGUUAUGGAGGUGGCUAGGUCCGUGAGCGAUAUCUCCAGAGCACUGUCCACGUUAAAAGUAGCUGCCGAGUUCCUAGCUGUGACUGGAGGGGAGCCAGGGCGCCUCUUGACUGACUAUGUCAGAAAUGACCUGAGGAUGGAUGCAGAUGCAAAGCACUUCAGGGACCUACCAGUGGUGCCGCAAACGCAGCUGAAGCACAUCCUGUCCCUGUGGCAAGUCCUGUCAGUGAGGAUAUUGGUGCUGCUUGUGCAAAUGAAUCAGAAUCCCUUUUUCCUGGUGGACAAGAGAUAUCAAGAGGAGCUGGAGGCAGUGAAGAGGGAGGAGCUAACAAAGGCUUUUUCCACCAUCAACAUUGAUUUCUUCAUUGCUGACCUGCAUGAAAUGAUCGUGGUGACAUUAGGCAGCUAUAGUCCUAAGUGGGGGAUAGUGGAGACCUUUGAAGGAUAUUUGCAACAAGAGGGAAAAGAAGAUCAGUACAUUGAAAAUCUGACCCGUACUUUGAGCCAAGACCUGCAGAUGAAGAAUGUCAUUUCAGUCUGGAAAAUGGCUGUGCAGACCAGCAAAUUAUACGGCUCCAGCUACAACCAAGAAUGAACUGUCAGCUACCACUUUUCUCCAUUGUAGCAGUGGCACGGCAUUUGCAAUGUCCUCACCUCCCUGGCUUUUACCUUUAGCAUAGUGUAGGUUGUUUCAGGUGUUGUGCCGUGUAGCUAUGAAUAAGGAUUUUGGACUGAUGAUUUUGGGAAUUCCUUUGGUUAGCAGUUGCCUGCGGCUCAAUGCCCCGGGAAGAUCUUUCCGUACUGGUGUCCCACAGAUGCCACAUCCUGAUUUCCGUGCACGGUAGUUGAGGAAGAUUCGUUUGCUCUAGAAGUGAAUCUCAUUGGGUUUUUGAGGCUUGGGCUCCACUUAAGCCAGGAUCAGACGUAAAAUGGAUGGGAGGGGUGCCUUGGCCUGUGCCUGAGAUAUGAAUUUAUCAGCCUCUGGGGGUGAAUUUUACCCAGAGAGAGCUAAAAAUGAUGGACAUGGUUCUCCCGUCACUUAAGCCUCGCCUGUAAUUCAGACUUCUGUCUGUACAGGGAGGCCCAGUGGCCGGAUGCUUACAACACAGGUUGGGCAGAGGAGCUCAACUAGUUUCCAGCCUCGUUUUGCCAUUAUCCUACUUAGUGCCAUGGGUCUGCUCUCCAUGCCUCAGUUUCCCUACCAGUAGCACACUUUGAGAUGUAGCGUGUUUUUAUUCCACCACUCUGCUGCUUCAGCACCAGGUGCUGCAUAUUGGCAAAGUGAUCCCAUCCUGCCCCAUACAGCUGUCUUGUACAGACUAGGCCUGACGCCAGUGCUUUGCCGAAAUAAUGUUACUGGUGGGUGUCACUAGGGCUGACAUUUUGCAGCUAAGCCAGUGCAAGAAGAGGGAAGAGCACCACUGGAUGAACUUUGGCAACUACAUGGGGAAUGGGGCAUGCACAGCGCAGGGCCCUGGAGAAUCAGGCGUGUGGGAUUUGUACAGAGUACGAGGCACCGCACUGGAUGGUCUCAGCGAGGGAAUCGCAGGCUGGGUCACAGUUUCCCUCAUCGCGUGCUUUAGCUCUUGGACUGUGCUUCAGCCGCUGGAGGUCAGGAUCUCCCUGGCUGGGUUGGAAGGGACCUCAGGAGAUCAUCUAGUCCCACCUUCUGCUCCAAGUGGGACCAUCCCCAACUGUCUCGUC